AUGCCCGCGGAUGGCACGGCGCUGGAGCGUCUCGAGCUUUCCAGCUUGCUCAUGCCUUCCGACAGGCUCUUUCAAGUCUAUGAUGAUGGCGAGUCCCCAUCCCAACACACUAAGGAGGCCGCACUGGCUGCUCAUGCUGUAGCCAGCCUCAUUACGGAUCCUCAACGUUGCCGAAGCUUGUACGCUCUAUCUCUUGAAGGAAACGACUUUGGGCAUCGCGGUGUUCGUAUCAUUGUCUCGGCCUUCAUCGGCAGUGGAUGCCGCGAUGAUGGGACAAUUAGUGCAGGCCCACAGUCGUCGCUCGCAAAGCUACAACAGGACCCGUUCUACCAAACGGUCUUCCAUGCAAAGUCGCGGCGUCCAAACAGGAGCCUUACCCACUUAGGACUCAGCGGAAACGUGGAACGUGGCUGGCGCUCGGUAGAUCCAGAGAAAGAGAUCGAAAGACUCGUCGCUAUCAAGCGGCGCUAUGCUCCAAUACCCUCACAAGACAUCGAGGUGGUCGUGUCGUUUUUGCACCACCGGGCACGUCAGCAGCGGCUGCAAGGAAACGCGGUCAUUGACGACGAAGCUCCGAUCGAAGUAACUCGCCACUUGGCGACCCUCGGCGUCACUAUGGACGAAUGGCAGGCUGAGUUCCAGGAAGCCUUCGAGAUCGGUUCAGGACUGAACCGGACCAAUUGGCAGGACCUGCUGGUCGAGCAUCUUCGAGAAAACAGCCUGGAGAACGAACAGUGUCGCUCGUCCGCCUUCUUCGUCCUGACCGCGGCAAGGACCCUAGGUUGUCGGGCGAAGAGGCAGACUGACGCACCGCCCACAAAUGCAUCAGAAGUAAGCGCCGCUGCGGCUGGCUUCCCGAGAUUCCUAGAUCUACCCCCUGAACUCAGACUUCACGUCUUGCGUCAGCUUGACAACAAUGCGUCUCUCUCUGCACGUCAGUUCAGCCACGUAAUCAGCUUCGCCUGCGAUCCCAGCACGAUAGGUUACGGGAGGUAUGAGUACAGCUGGUCUCACAUCCUUGACGGGGGUCUCGAUUCGGUCGGCAACAGAGAGGGCAGAUCGUCUGCGACGCUACCGGCGCGGCCAUGGUCGUGGGCCGAGUGUUUUGCGCUUCGCGCGCCACCUCGAGACUGGGAGGCUGAUCUUCUGGACGCCGACCACUUUUUCCGUCAUAAACACCGCGGAACGAGCAAGAGCGAAGAUCGGGACGCAUCCGCGCAUGCGUUUCUGGAAUCCACACUGACUCACAGGCCAGAGUGA